UUGGCAAUUGCGGGUUUUCCCAAAUACACUCCUUUGAAGAUUCGGCCCUCGGCACCUUGUCUGAACAAUUCGAACCCUUCCAUUUGCAGUAGUUUUUAACUAAUUCCAGUUUUCACUCUUGCUGUUGACACAAAAAACAUGACUUCUGUCGAGGAGAGCCUUGAGAACGCAACAAUAAAUUCAUCAUCGACUGAUAAUUCCGAUGACUCAAGUAGCGAAAGCAGCGAUGAAGAAGUACCCGACUUUCCCAUUGCCAUGUGGGAUUUUAAUCAAUGUGACCCCAAGAAAUGUUCAGGCCGCAAAUUAUCGCGUCUAAAAUUAAUUAAAACCCUAAAAGUCAAACAAAAAUUUCCAGGGCUGGUAUUAACCCCGACUGGCACUAAAUGCGUAAGUCCCAAUGAUCGCGACAUUGUUUCAAGCAAGGGGGUAGCCGUGGUGGACUGCUCAUGGGCCAGAAUCGACGAGACACCCAUUGCAGCACUCAAGCCCCAACAUGGGCGCUUAUUACCGUUUCUCGUGGCCGCAAACCCCAUCAAUUACGGGCGACCUUGCCAAUUAAGUUGCGUUGAAGCGAUAGCCGCAACUUUGUACAUCACCGGAUACAAAAAAUUAGCUCGGCAGUAUUUAGAUAAAUUUUCGUGGGGACAUUCAUUUAUCGAACUGAAUAAAAAUAUAUUGGAGGUAUAUUCAAAUUGUAGCGACAGCCAAUCGGUGAUUGCCGAACAGACCAAAUAUAUAGAAAAUGAGCAAAAACAGCAAGAAUUGGCCAAACAAGCGAAACCGGAUUUUCCAAGUUCAAGGGAGAGUGAAUCGGAUUAAGUUUUUUAUUUUUUUAUAAAAAUGUAUUUACGUAAAUGUAAAAACAUAAUACAAGUGAGUUACGAUGCAUUAACUUCCUCAAUCGCCAAAUGUGCGAUAAACCUCAACCUCAUUUGCAAAGGCGGUCUUAACCGGCGCACCACAGUCUCCAACUCCUUCUUCAUGCUAUCCCCCACAAACAUGUACUUAAUGUGGUACAAGAGAUCGCAGAUCGGGUCCAUAUAUUUCAACUCGCUGUGCGCGUGGUCAACUUGUGCCAACAGUUCGUACAAAGCACUCGUCAAUUCCACUAUUGCCACGUUAAACCGUUGCAAAAAGGGCCCCACAAGAUGACAAACAUAGAGAAACUGUUCUUCGGACCGUACCACAGCCGGUAAACACUCACGCGCCCAUCGGGGCACACUGGCGAUCUGCCCCGGACCAGCGUGAUGCCAAACCGAAUGAGCCAAAGCUAGCAUAUAACUAAAAUUAUUAUGCAAAAGCCCAGCGUGGGUUUCUUUGAAAUCGAACAAACGGAAGGGAGAACAGUCAAAAUUCCACGUUUCUAGCUCGUUUAACGUGGCCACAAGUCGAUCGUGUAGAACACUCCAGUAGCUAACUGGAAGCGCUGCCAGAAUUAAACCAACAGCAUUGACCCACUGGUGGAUGUCUGACGAGGGAAUUGUGACAUAGCCUUUGGCCACGACGUCUAGCAAACCGUUGGCUACGGCCACCGGACCGGCGGACAACGCCAUCAGUUCCACACAGCUGGUGUAAAGAAUAUGAGCCCCGGCGUUUGGGAACUCAUUGAACCGCCAAUCAAUUACGGAAUUGGCAGUGGCGCCCCCUAGAAUAUCAACGACUCGCUUGACCACUUGUAUGUAAUAGUCCAGUUCGGGGGUCCACAUCUCGUCAGCAGCUCGUCCGAGGUACAGUUGGUAGGGCUCCGAAAGACUGUCUUUGAGUGUCCCUAAGACAGCAGCCACCAACCGUCGUUUCAAAGGUGGACGGUCCCUAAGCCUAGUCUCGUAAUAGUGCAAAGUGUUGUACAAAUAAGUGACCGGACGGUCAUGAAACUUGUACAAACAACCCAAGUGUUCUAACAGAAUCUCCAAACUUUUGGUGACUUGCGGUAUUUCCAAAAACCGGUGCACCACUAUAUCAAAAACCGGCAAAAAGCGCAAACACACGUUGCCAAAAUAGGGGUGGUAACCACUUGACUGUUCCUCGGGGGCAAACUUCUCGGGGUAUUUCCGGUGAAACUCCAAGUGUUUCUCGUGCCAGUUGGUCUGGUUCCAAUGAUCGGGCGAGUUGUCUUUGACGAAAUCCUGCACCCGAUUCCUAAACUCUGUAGCUUUAAGCAACACCAACUGGAUGAUGAACGAACAGACUUGAGCCUCGCUCCCUUCCUGCGUCCGCAGCGCCAAACACAAGACCAACCGAUCGAUUGUCACAAUAUUGUACUUCCAGAUCAUGUCAUUGAUCGUAUCCACGCAUUUGUUAACAUGUUGCCCCCCAGGACUGUUACUAAACUCGAACACGAGACAAUCACAAAACUUCCUCAAGUGGGCCGAAAGCGCCCUUGCCCCAAUCCUCUCCAGGAUUUUGUAGGCAAUUGGCGUGAUGUGAUCAGUCUCGAGGAGCAUUUUCCACAACAAACAGAGGAAAAGUGGGGGCGCUCCCGCAACCCCAAAAUGCGCCAUCAUGUCAUUUUCGUUGUUCAUGGACGACCACUUCCGGUACUCCUCCUCCACUGCUUUCUUCAAUUGUUGUUUGUUUUCUUUAGGGACGGCAUGUUGCGUGAAAAACUCGGCCAGAGCCCUGGGGAAGCAUUCGAGGGUGUGGGGGGCCCACGCAUGGGGGGUACUUUGUGCAAUGGUCGCCAGCAACUCGUGACACCACGAGCCGUCGGCCCCCGUCACGUGCGUGGCCCUAGCUAGGGUCAAAACCAGCGCCCGAUUCAACUCUUCCGAUUCCGCCGAAAUUAACGUCUUGGGUUCGGCUAAAAAGCGGCUCAGUUCGGGCUGAACUUCGCCACUGCCCAGCCCCGUGAUUAGACGCAAAGCGGUCGAUUCGACACAUAAGUGCAGUUGGGUUUGGUUGGCUUGCGGCACCGCUGCCAACGAAUGCAAGUGGCUGAGUAACUGGACACGGUAGUGGGGGUGGAUGUGGUGCAUCCGAUAACUAAACAUCUCCAGAAGUGUGUAAAGGGUGCCCCAAGCGUGUGACUUGUAUACGGUUGGCAACAACUGGCUUAUGAACCCUUUGAUGCCCAACGAUUCGAUCUCGGUGUACACCAACAGGCGACUGUACGUUUCCACCAAAGCUGGUGAUAGUGGCAUUCCUAACUUGGCCUGUGCUAGUUUAAUCACGUGUGUGACAAUACUAUGGAUUAAGCUCAUUUUCGAAUGCACAGUUAAUGAGUCCAAGACGGCCAUGCUUAAAGGCGCGGUAGGUGGGGCUGUUGAUUUGGGGCUCCCUUGGAUCGUCUCAACUAGCGCUGCCAUUGGCUUACUGUAAUAAUCGGGGUUCGUUGAGUAGGCGUUGCACAACAAGGCGAUUCUGUAGUCAUUUCCCAUCGCUAACACGGUGUUAUUAGGGGGCACCAACUGUUGGAGGAAAUCAUGAUGGUUGCGUAGUUUGGCGGGAAUUGGCCAAGUCAAGUUGGUCAUUUCGGCUUGCGCUUUCUUAGUCAAGUGGAUCCAAAUGCACGUCAUUGCCAUCUGUCUCGUACACUGGGGCUGGUUGAAGUCCGGAACGGGCAAAGGGGGCUCCUGUUCCGGAAACAACAGUUCGUAAAGCCGCAAAACUGGGAGGAAAUUCGAGAGGGGGUUCUUCUGAAUCGAACCGGAAAUAAACUGCAAGAGGACCCACAUGAGUUGGUCGCGCCCUCUCCGCAAGUCGCGCCCUUGCAGUCUCGAAUGCAACGAUAUAACAAUGUUUGGGAAACUCGCAAAUUGGAAAAGAACAAAAUAAAUUAACUGGGACGACAAGUGCAGCCAUAACCCUUGAGUGGCGCUCUCAUCGCCCUCAUUUUCCGUGCGUUCCAGCGCCAAAAUCACCAACUCGACCAGUUGUUCCUCAAGGGCGGCACAGUGUCUCUUGUGCUGUUUCUGCAACCCUAACAUGCCACACACCAUGUCGCGACUGUACGGCUGUUCCAGAACGUAUCGUAAUAAACCGGUUUGCUUCUCUAGUAAUUCGGGAGCGUACGGUAAAGUGCCCUUAAGCGAGAAUCGCAACGUGCACGGGUCAAGUUUCCAGGGAUUGACCAAGUGUUCGGGACAGCCGCUGUGCUCCACAACUGGCCGCAUUUCCGCCUGGCCUACGAUAGCCACCAUUUGGGCACAGGCCCGAAAACUGCCAACGUAAUCGGAGAAGAGGGCAGCAAGGCGCCAGUGGGGGCAGUCAGGGUAGGCCUUCUGGAGCUCGUUCACUAGGAGAUAGCCAGGCAGGAGGCACGCGUUCCUGUCCAUGAUUCGUUCAGCGACGCUUAAAAGAGCCUGGGUUUGGGGCUGCAAGCCCGCGUUCAAGCGCCAGGGGAGACUUUUCGCCUUCUCGCAACAUCCCUACAAUCAACAAUCAAACAAUUACCACAACAAUUCCCCACUUACUUUCAUAAUUUCGCGAACGCCCUUGUAUUCAACCAAAUCUAUAAUUUUCCGCACGAGUUUAAAGCACUCGAUCCAGAACCGCGCAUUGGUGUGUUGUAGUUUAUCGAAAUUCAUCACCACCUCACACACGAUACGGGCCCCAAUGGUACCGUUGCGCACGACACUUUCCAGGAGCUCCAUCAAGAGCUGGAGCUUGCUUUGGGAACAUAGUACAGCAGUGUUGAGGUACUGGCGAAGGGCGGUGUCUAGCUGCUCCUGGGGGAUGCUCCGCAGGGCUGUGUUCAACUCUUGUUGCCAUACAGCCACCUUUUCCUUUUCGGCACUGGGGCGGUGCACUAGAAAGCAACUAAAGGCUUCUUCGAUGCCUUCAACUUUGAGAAUGUCGGUUAGGACGUUUGUUAGUGGCUCGCCCAUCGUGUCCACGGUUAUUUUUCAGGCGAAAACAUUAUUUUGUGGUUAUUUGAAUGGGAUAAUAACGGUAGGUUAUGUUUGGCCGACUACAUGUUUAGGCAACACAUUAUACAAGCGCCUAACACUGCAGAACCGUAUUCGAUUAUUUUGACUUGCUGGGUGAAUCCUCAGAGAUAAUAAAUAAUUGCGUGCGUUGUAAGAUGUUAUCAACUCUCAAACAACGUCAAUCUAAAUUAUUCCAUACCUAGCCACAUUGUAAUAAAAUUCAUAUCAGCCCGAAUCUAUUCGUUUAUUUGCAUAUCCACUUCAUACGUGAAAAUUUGUUUGCUUAUCUUUUAAUAAAGGCAAUAUUAUUACCGCACGUCUCGUUCAUUAUGCGCUUAAAGAGUUCUUUUUGUCUCACAUUUCGAUAUGAACUCACAGUUCAUAGAACAGGUGCAAAUUUUAAUGCACGCUCAACAAAUUAAAUGUGCGGAAAGUAUUUUUGGGAAAUCAAACUACAUGUGGCUUUGCAGCAAAAGAACUCCCGUUAUUUGGAUGUCGACGAAAGAUGAAUUCUUAAUUCGACAAGCCCUAACAAAGGUCACUCCUGACCAACAGGUGAAAGUUAUGAAACAAUUAUUGACUUGGCUGGAUAAUAAUCCCGAAGUCCACUCUUUGAAAAUCCCUGAAAUGUCGCUAAAGCUCCUCAACAACAUGGCUAAUGCCAAUGCCAUGAAUGAAAGGACUUUUUCAAGAAUGAAUAGUUUCAGAAACAGUCUGAGACGCUUGUCCUUAAUUACGAACCGAAUCGCUCCCGCAAACACACCCAGAAGAUCCGUAACUUUCAACGACGUUCCCAUAAUUUACCGCAUAAAAUACUGACAAAAAAGUAACGAAACCUUUACAAUAUCUAUGUAAAAUUUGUGCCGAAAUAAAUGCACCUUAAAAUUUU